AUGGACCCGGUUACGCCUCUGCAACGAAAGAAGAUCCUCCGGGUUCUGUUCGUAUCUUUACUUCUUGAUCUGAUCUCGUUCACAUUCAUUCUACCGCUGUUUCCGUCGCUCCUCUCAUUCUACCGAAGUCUAGAGUCCGAUUCAUCGUCCACUCUCAACCGCAUACUCCAUUACCUCAACGCGUACAAGCAGGCCUUUGCCGUGCCUAUCAAUGCAAGAUAUGACAUCGUUCUUCUGGGUGGAGCAUUAGGCUCGCUCUUCUCUCUGUUGCAGGCCAUUGCCAGCCCCAUUAUCGGUCAAGCCUCGGACAAAUAUGGCAGAAGACAGGCUUUGCUAUGGAGCAUGUGCGGCAACAUUGCCAGCGUGGCAUUGUGGUGUGUUGCGGUGGACUUCCGGACAUUCUUGCUGAGCAGGAUUGUCGGCGGGUUGAGCGAGGGAAACGUCCAGUUGGCCACUGCAAUCGCGACAGACAUCAGCACGGAUGCGCAACGCGGAGCCACCAUGGCUCUUGUGGGAGCAUGUUUCAGCAUCGCCUUCACCUUUGGACCGGCCAUGGGAGCGGCUCUCGCCAGCAUUACCACCGUCGCAGCUAAUCCUUUCGCCACGGCGGCCGGCUUCUCCUUACUCUUGAUUGUCGUUGAGACUCUGUACUUGUAUCUUUGGCUUCCCGAAACUCUUCCGCCGCAACGUUCGCCGUCCGGUUCCGAAUCUCGUCAUGUAGAGCCGCAACCUGUCGCGCACACCAACAACCCGGCAAUCCUCAACGCCAUCCACUUUCUCUUCCUGUUACCUUUCUCCGGAAUGGAGUUCUCGCUGCCGUUCUUGAUCACCUCAGUCCUGUAUCCCGACCAUCCGUCACCUUCGAAGCUCAAUGGCCGACUGCUCGGAUUUGUGGGUUUGAUCGCAUCGCUGCUCCAAGGGUCGGUCGUUCGACGGCUGCGUCCGCUCACUGUGGUCCGGGUGGGCACGGUAGCGUGCACGCUGGCCUUCUUCCUGCUUGCCCGGAUUCAGGAUACCACGGGAUUGUAUUGUGCUGGCACGUUGCUUGCGGUCACCUCGGCCACGGUUGUGACCGGGCUAAAUAGCCUUGGAAGCUAUGAAGCCAAAGAGCACAACAGAGGGCAAGUAUUGGGAGCUCUGCGGAGCUGGGGACAAUUUGGGCGAGCUCUGGGUCCGAUUCUCUUCUGCACUCUGUUCUGGUGGGCAGGCCGAGAGACGGCUUACUUGUUGGGCGGAAGUGUGAUGGUGGGUGUCACUGCACUAGUCUUGACGGCACUGAAACAUCCGCAGCUCAAGGAAAAGAAAUGA